AUGAAGCUGUUCAUUAGGAAAGAGCCAAGGGCUCUAGCCCUUCAGUCCAAUGGCUAUGACCUCGUUUUUGAGAAUUCUCCUAAGCCCUCCCCCCAGCAAGAUAGCAAAGUUUCCCAACCAACGGCUGUGGUUGCUAACGUUCCUAAUGGUACUUUAGGUGAACGUGGUUUUGUUGAGAUUACAAACUCCUUAUUUGAAGGUCUUUUGGGUCUCAUAAAUUUGAAUAAUCACCUUUUCGUUGGCCUUAUAACAAAUGUGCAGAAAAUCGGUUUCCCAAGAUGGGUACUUCAUAAAGGCGGCCAAAUUGAAUGCAAAGAAAACAUAUUUCAAAUUAUUAACGUUGAUUUCUAUUGCUUGGACAGUGAUGCAUUUGACCCAAUGUUCACUGAUUUAUCUGAGCAAGGCUACGAAAGACUUCUGAAUGAACACCCCUGCGGGGAUCUGAAGAAACUAUUCAGUGAUGGAUCAUUUUACUAUUCUAGAGACUUUGAUAUUUCUAAUAUUCUGCAGGAGCGUGGUCUUUUUAAUCGAAUGGACUAUACAAUUGACAACCAAGACAAAAAGUUUAUCUGGAAUACAAAUUUUAUUUCUGAAAUAGUUCAAUUGAGAAACAGAAUCACCAUCGAAGAAAAACCAUUGUUCGAUGGCGGUACUUUUCUAACUUUCGUCAUUAGAGGUUUUUGUAAAACUACUAUGACCAGUAAUCUCGACUCACCAACAUCUUUGACAAUCAUUUCUAAAAUAUCGACCGAAAAUAAAGAGAAUAUGUUCGAUUUGCAGGGAAUAGACAAACAUGGCAAUGUGGCAAAUUUUAUUGAGACGGAAAUUAUUGUCACUACUGAGCAAUAUAUUUUUGGUUAUACGCAGACAAGGGGUAAUGUUCCUUUGAGUUGGGAGGUUACAGAGGGCCAAUUACUUCACAGUAAGAAGAUAAAGUUGACUCAAGAUCCAGCUUUCUUCCAAGCCGCUUUUGAUAAGCAUUUCGAUGAUUUGGCAUCGAAAUAUGGUGUUGUAAGUAUCCUGAACCUCGUCAAGCCGAAAAGUGAAUCGCAAGAGAUACUUAGUUCGGCCUAUCAAGCAUGCGCUGAGAAUAAAAAUAUCAAAAUAACGAAUGUGGAAUACAGCUCCGACUUACUAACAAAAUCAUCUCAUAAAUUACUGUAUAUUUUGAAACAGGAUAUUUACGAAUUUGGCGCGUUUGUUUACGAUAUCUCCAAGGGAAUAUAUGUUGGAAAACAAACCGGGUGUUUAAGAAUCAGUGCAUUUGACUCAAUUGAACGCCCUAAUCUUGUGGAAAAGUGCGUCAGCAGAGAAGUUAUAGAGUUAACGACAGCAGAACUUGAAGGAUUUGAGAUAUCGACAGAUUUUGUGAACGCGCAUGAAAAACUGUGGUCAGAUAACAACUUUUGGCUAGAUCGCAUAUACAAUAAGAAUUACAAAAAUCUCAGCAAAUAUAAAAAGGUUUAUUGGAAACUUUUCAGUUCCAGCUGCAAAGUGAAUCUGUAUGAUCCUCUUCAUGCCUACAUUUCUAGGUGUAUGAAAAAAAUGAAGAAAGACUUCACUUAUGAAAAGGAUAUAACUAUAUUUGCUGGCACUUUCAAUGUCAAUGGUAAAAUUUGCGCGGAAGAUAUUAGCGACUGGCUUUUUCCUGGGAAUUCAUGUCUGAAUGAUACGGCUGAUGUUUAUGCCAUUGGUCUUGAAGAAGUGGUAGAAUUGACACCGGGCCAUAUGCUUUCGACCGAUCCGUACGCCAAACAAUACUGGGAAAAGAAAAUCCUUCAAAGUCUGAACACUCGUGGAUCACAGAAAUAUAUUCACGUGUGGGGCGGUCAGUUGGGUGGCGUUGUGCUACUUCUUUUUAUCCGUGAAGUGGAAUACUCAAAAGUGAAACAUUUGGAGGGAGAUGUCAAAAAAACGGGCUUUGGAGGUAUGUCUGCAAAUAAAGGAGCUGUUGCAGUCAGAUUUACUUAUUCGACAACAAAAUUUUGUCUACUUGUGUCACAUCUAGCGGCAGGCUUGGAAAACGUUGAACAAAGGCAUAAUGACUACAAAACUAUCGUCAAAAAUAUCAGGUUUGCCAAAAAUUUGGGUAUUAAAGAUCAUGACGUGAUAAUAUGGAUGGGUGAUUUCAAUUAUAGAAUUCUACUUUCCAACGAGGAAGUAAGAAAGUGCAUUAAGAAUAGAGACUAUGCUAAGUUAUUUGAGAAAGAUCAACUAAAUCAGCAAAUGAUCGCUGGCGAGUCAUUUCCCUACUAUAAUGAGAUGGAAAUAGAUUUUCCACCUACUUACAAAUUUGAUCCGGGAACGAAAACCUAUGAUACAAGUGAGAAAAUGAGAAUCCCCGCAUGGACUGAUCGAAUCUUGAGCAGGGGUGAUGCGCUGAAGCAAAUGAGCUACGGGUCGGCCCAGAACUUGAUUUUUUCUGAUCAUAGACCAGUUUUUGCAACAUUCAAAUCGUUGGUUACUGUUGUAGACGAGAAACGGAAGGCUGAGAUAGCAUCCGAUAUCUACGAAAAAUUGACAGAGGAGAUGGCAAAUCUAACCGAAGAAGAGCGAUACAUUCUGCUAAACAAAAGCGACAUAAACAUAGAGAAGGAAGAUGUUGUGCAACCAAUUCUUCCCGAGUUGAAGAAGGGCAAAAAACUCCCCCCUCCAAGCUCUGAUACAAGGAAAUGGUGGAUUGGAAAUUCAAAGCAGGUAAAAGUACUAUUGGAUGUUGAUGCAACCAAGUACAUGAUAAAUCCCAGAAGACAGGUAAAUCCUUUUAUCCGCGACGACAAGGAACCCUUUUUUGUACUCAGAAACUCUGAAUAA